AUGCCCCCCCCCCCCCCCCCCCCGUGGCUGACUUUGCUAAUAGAACAAGGUUCUCCUGGAUGGCAGGAGAAACCAGAGCAAGAUGGCAGCGGGGCAGAACGAGGCCUUCUGGCUGAUGGUGCUAAGAAAACUUUUCACCGUCAGGCAUCCAGACUCUUCUGCCCACCUCGCCCGUGGCACACUCGUCAAGAUGGUGAACUUGCUGGGGAUGAGAAGGGGCUGCUGGGAGACCCCAGAACCGGGGUGCUGCUGGAAGGAAGGAUGAAGAAACUGUGUGAACCCCCAGGCUCCCUCAGGCCCCCCAAGCUCCACGGCCUAGAAGAGCUGCUGCAGAGGAGGGAGUUCCUGCAGAGCCAAGGCUCUCUUUGCUCAGGAACACGGGCCCCUGUAUGCGUAGUGAGACUGCGGAAUGAGUUCCCAACACUGAAAAGGUGGUUCGAAGUAAGUCAUGGACACACAAGGCAUCUUGAGGUUCAGAAACACUGCACUGAACGAGAAAAGCCAAGCAAAAAUGGGCGCGUGCUUUCCGAGUGCACUGGUAUCGUUGUUCCAGGGUUCUCGAAGCUCAGCUAUGGUGAUGGAUAUGAGAACAGUGGUGCCCCUUGGGGACAUUGGUCCCAAAGGGGCAGGAAGAACACUCUGGGGGAUGGAUGGGAACAUCCUCUAUCCUGAUUAGUGUGUAUACUCCUGUGACAACGGGAGUACAUAGGUUUGUCAACAUUCACAGAAAUAUAUGUAUCAAAAAACAUAUUGUGGUGACUCGAUACCACUUAGAUGAGUGCAGACAGAGGCUGACGGCUAACUGGGGCCCACUCUGAACACUCUCCAGUUCCUCUCAGAAAAGCACCAUCUCAUGGGUUUCUGUUGAGAAAUAGAGUUACCGUGGCUGCCCAUUCCUGUUUAGGGAUCUGCCCUGUUUAUCCUA